CUGUGAUCAGCCCGUCACGUUUCGAAUUCGAAUAUUGGGUAGCUCGCUUUUUGCGUUUCGUUCCUUCCUUCCCCUCCCUCUCUCACUUGGUACAGUACGGAAGCUGCUGAGCGGAGUGCCUGCGGCGGAACGUGAGCGGAGUGUCAAGACGAGAUUGACUAGAGGCGGACGGGCGGGCACCCAGCAGCAAUAGAGGCGGGCUAGAACAGACCGGAGCAGAGCAGAGCAGAGCAGAGCAGCACGAGAGAAAGCAGGUGCAGCACCGUGAAGCCCCUGCGGAGUCCAACGGCGACUUGCCUGCAGCGCUUGGAUUAGAGCUCUAAUAGAACAGCCCUUCCCGUACCUACUGCUAGGGUUUCGUUAACUCGUCCCUAGGCGCGUGUCGCCGGAGAGAUUUGUGCCCCUUUCCCGCCUACUAAUCCUCCUAGGUUAUGGCGUCAUGUUGACCAGAAGCCACCAUAGCAGUUGUCCCGCGGCGUGACACGCAUGGGACUUUAGAUGGACAUUCAGGAGGCGUCUAAGAUCCUCUACUCCCGACUGCAGUCGCUGGAAGGAGCCAACGCGUCCAAGCUACUCGGCUGGAUGUUGAUGCGCGAAAAUGCCGACCAGGACCUUGCGACGCUCGCCAAGGGCUCGGACGCGCAGCUGAUGUCCGCCGUUGGGAUCGCCAAGCGGAACCUCAGCGUCUACUCCUCCAUUCCCGGAUGGCAGCAUCAGGGCGUGCUGGCGGAGAUCCGUCUUCAGCAGGAGAGCGCGGCGUGCAUCUCCCGACAGCGUGCCGCCGCUCAGUCGCUCGUCCAACAGCCCGCUGCAGAAAGAUUUCAGCAUUCCGAGCGCUUCUCGCUCCCCACGCAAGCAGCCCUCGCGUCGCUCUCCCCCGAUGCGUCCCUCACUGAUCCAACCGACGCCGCCGCUACCGCCACCGUCGGCGCUACCGCCGGCGUCGCCGCUGCUUCCGGCGCGGACCCUGCUGCGGCGGCAGCGCGGCCAAUCCCCGCGGAAGCGCCCCCUCACCUCAGCGCAUUACACGGCGCAAGCGGCGCGGCGAGCGACUACGGGUCGUCGCCCGAGAGCUCGCAGUCGUUUAUGUUCAAGCGCUGCCACUACUUCGCGCGCGGCUUUUGCAAGCACGGCAGCGCCUGCCGCUUCCUGCACGCGUCGCACGGCCAGUCGGCGACGGCGCCCGUGUCGUCGCCCGGGUCGCCCAGUGCGACCAGCUCGGACGGCACCAUGGCGGCUGCGACCUACCCCGAGCCGCAAGGCGCCGACGAGACUGCUUUGAGCUGCACGGCCGCGAGCGGCGGCGACGGCGGCGGUUCCGGCGGGGACGCUAGCGGGAGAAACGGCAGCGGCAAUGGCGGUGAUGGUGGAGAGCCCUUCGCUGGUAGUACUACCGAGGCAACCGGCGGCGGCGGCGGCGGCGGCGGCGGGGAUGGCGGGGAAGGCGGGGAUGGUAGUGGUGUUGGUGUGGCUGGCACGGCUGCUGGUGGGCUUGCGGGCGGCAGCCCGGGUUCUGCGGCGGGUUUCACGCUGGAGCGGCUCGAGAUGGAGCUGCACGAGCUGCUGCGAGACCACAAGGGGCCUGUCAACGUGGCAUCGCUCCCGCAGCUCUACGCGGAGCGGUUCGGGAAGCCGCUGCAAGCGGAGGGGUACUUAACCGAGAGCCAGCGGCAGGGGCGGCCCGGCCUAAGCUUAACUAAGUUGCUCGCGCAGAUGAAGGCGUCGAUCGCGUUCGUCGAUCGGCCGAGCGGGCAGCGCGCGAUCGUUGUCAAGGGGUCGCCGAUUUUGGAGGAGUCUAAGAAGUUUAUCGCGUUUAAGGAGCGCGCGGAUUUGGCGCCGCCUAGUCCGGGAUCGCGACAGAUUUAUCUCACUUUUCCGGCGGAGAGCACGUUCACGGAGGAUGACGUGGCAGCUCAUUUCAGCAAAUUCGGUCCCGUGCACGAGGUGCGCAUCCCGCACCAGCAGAAGCGCAUGUUCGGCUUCGUCACGUUCGCGUUCGCGCACAGCGUGAAGGCCAUCUUAGAAGAGGGCAACCCGCACCACAUCGGCGGCUCGCGCGUGCUUGUCAAGCCGUACCGCGAGAAGUCGCGCCACGGCCACGGCAGCGCGCACGGCGGCGGCGGCGGCGCGCACGCGGAGCGGAAGAUGCGCGGAGGCGGCGGCGCGGGAGACCGAGGCGCGCAGGAGUCGCCGGCUAAGGGCUCCGUUGAACCGUACUCAGACGACUCCCCCCCGCCGCCCCUUCCCAAGGCCUCUAAGCGACUUUUCCCCGCGAAGCAGCAGCAGCUGAUUCAGCAGCAGCAGCAGCGAUCGCUGCAGCAGCCCCGGCAGCAGCAACCGCAAUUGCAGCAGCAGCAGGAGCAGCAGGAGCAAGAUCAGCAGGAGCAGCAGCCACCGCUACAGCAGCAGCAGCAGCAGCAGUACGAGCAGGGGCAGUCUCAGCAGCAGUCGCAGCAGUUGCAGCAGUCGCAGCAGUCGCAGCAGUUGCAGCAGUCGCAGCAGCGAUCCCGAUUGGAGGGCGGGUGGGGCGAUCACAACCGUCCGAUUCCCCACCACAUGUCAGCCUCGUACGAAGCAUCUCAACCCGCCACUCCUGCUGCCGCUGUUGCAUCGGCUGCAGCCUCAGCCUACGCCCGUGCCUCUGUGUACGCGUCUGCGUCCGCCUCCUCCGCCUAUUCGCCUGCUGCUUCUGCUGCUGCCUCUGUCUACGACCCGCCUCCUAGGCGCAAGAGCCUGUAUCAGUCAUUGUCUUAUCGGGAGGUCUCUUUGCAGCAGCAGCAGCAGCAGCUUCCGCUGAACGCAUGGCAGCAGCGGCAGCACCAGCAGGAGCAGCAGGAGCAGCAGCAGCAGCAGGAGCAGCAGGAGCAGCAGUGGCAGGUGCAGCAGCGGCUGCAGCAGUGGCAGGAGGAGAACCGGCAGUCCCUAGGGCUCAGUGGAAUCCGCCUGGGGGACGUGGGAAGGGCGUUCUCUGGCCCAGCACGGAACGAGAUUCGCGGUGCUGGUGCUGGUGUGGGGGCAGAUGCUGGUGUGGGAACCGGUGUGGGUGUGGGCGUGGGUGUGGGUGGCAUAAGCGAUCUUCUCAAGCCGUCACUAAGCUUCUCCACCUCACUCUCUGCCGCAUUCUCUACCUCCUCCUCCUCCUUAUCCUCCGCGUCCUUCUCCUCCAUCUCCUCCGGCUUUGCCUCUGGCCCGGCAGCCAUGGCUCCGACCUUCAGUUUCGCCUCCUCGUCAUUCGCCUCUCUGCCCAGCUUUGCGUCCUCCUCCACGGGCACAAGCGCCGCCUCCCAGUACCCGCACGGGGACCUUGGCGCGCCUGAACCUCUCCCUCAAACGCCCACACACCGGCAGCUCGAAGAUCUCUUCGACCUGCACUCUCUGCUGCCCGACAGCCCCUUCACGUCCCCCCUCAUGACCAGCAACGCGUCCAAGGACCUCCCUGCCACUGCUGCCCUCACUGCGGCCAACGCUGCCGCAUGGGACGACACAGACCGCCCGGGAGCCAUCCCCUCCGCCUCCUCUGUUGCCCUCUCUCGCUUCUUCAACCCCUCUCUCCCCGCCCUCGCGCCUCCGCCGCCUCCUCCCCCUCCUCCCCUGCAUCUGCACUCCCUGUUGCCGGCAUCUUCAGUGGUGAGUCAAACGCGUCGGGCCUCGUUCGGCGGCGUGUCGUCUGCGGCGUCGGCGGCUGCGGCUCCCUUCUCGAAUGAUCCUUUCAUCAUCCCUCCCUCUGCUGCUUUUCACCACCAGCAGCACCAGCAGCAGCACCAGCAGCAUCAGCAGCAUCUGCACCAGCACCAGCAGCAUCUGCACCAGCACCAGCAGCAGCGCCAGCAGCACGUGGCAAGCACAGCAGACCUACCAGGGGCAGCAGGGCUCUAUCUCUCUGGCCCCUCCUCCCUGUGGUCACCACCGGUCGCCGCGUCAGGUUCUUCAGGUGUUUCUUCAGGUGCUUCAGGUGUUUCGUCAGGUGCUACUGGCAGGGCCGUGGGCCGUUUAGCAGGUGCUGGUGGCGUUGGGGGCUCAGAAGGAGCAGGAGGCGGUGGAUCCUUGCAGCUCACGUCCUCUAUUGGAGGACUCUCUAUGGGGGAUGAGAAGCAGCACCAGCACCCGCACCAGCAUCAGCAGCAGCAGCAGCAGCAGCAUGGGAAGGUGGUUGCGAGUGUGUGGGGCCAUACAUGUGACUCUUGCUCUGAAACGGCCUACACCACGCAGCUUGCCUGCGGCCACUACCACUGCAUCAAGUGCGCUCCGCAGGGCCCUGCCUCGUGGUGCGUUGCUUGCCAGCACGCCGCCUACCAGCCCCCUUCUGCCUACCACAUCGGUCAAACUGCCUGGAAGCUUCCCUCGCAAGAAGCUGCCUGGAAGGUGCCUGCCCAGGAAUCUGCCUGGAAGGUUGCUCCGUCGCAGCUGCAGCACACGAAUCGGUCCCCGUCCUGGUGAGAGGAUAGAGAGACCGGUACCGGGCGGCAUGCUUUUCAUUCCGAGGCUGGACACACAUGCUGUUCAUUCCGAGGCACUUUUUGAGGCACAUCAAAAGAGUGGAGAGCAGGAAACAAAACACAUAUUUAGUUCAAAGGCGGCUGAACAGAGACCCCUGUAUGGUCGGAGUUUUAGCGAACGUGCGAGGAUAGAGCAGGGCUGGCACAUCAUAUGUGCAUGCUGCCAUGGCACGCUGCCAGCAUCAUAUGUGCACGCUGCCAUGCGCAUAUCGCCAUGUGCGCUGGCGGCCGGAGAAGGCAGUAGUAGUGAUGGCAACAGUGGGGUGCUGGGACAAUGGCGGCCCCUGGAUUGGGGACAUUAGAUUAGGCAAUAGGGUCGGUGGUACAUUGGAAAGAGAUGCUUUUGCCAAGAGAUGGGGCAGAAACAUCCGUUGCAGCAGGAGCAGCAGCAGCAGCAGCAGCAGCAGCAGCACACCAGACCACCAGUGCUGCUGCACCAGUGGGGUUUUGACAUUGGUACAUUUUUCCUUGUGCAUUAUGCAUGAGGACGGCUUUGGAGGAGGGGAGGGAGGUGGGGAAGGGAGUGGUUAUGGGCGAUGCGUGGAGGGGUGGACACUCGGACGAUACGGACGAUACACUCUGGUGAUGCUUACCUGGGCGGCAUGGGCUGCUUUGUUGUUAGAAUAGACUCGUUGCUUGUGGCACGUGAAGCAGAAGCAGCAGAAGCAGAGAAGCACGAGCAGCAGCAGCAGCAGCAGCAGCAGCAGCAGAAGCAGAAGCAUAAGCAGCAGCAGCAGCAGCAGCAGCACAGCGACCCAUCUGACAUAAAGCGCACAAUGGCUUUCCACAUGGCGCACAAGACACACUUGGAUGCAGCAAGGAGGAGUCUAUUUCUGAGGCGCCUCGAAAGGAGACUCCUGCGCACAAUGACUCUAAAUGGCGCACAAGCCAACUUUUGGGUGGCAGCUGGGGGCAGAUGCACCUACAUGUUGAGGCGCGCCUAUUGGCGUGUUCUCAUGCUGCCAAGGUGCCUUUACCAGAUACUGCAGGGAAUCAGGAGGAGCAAGGGCGUGUUCGCAUGCCGCCCCUGGAUAGCACUCUGAAAUAGCAGCUGUAGCCCAAACAUCCCCCCUCCCCUCCCCCCCCCACCCCUUCCCCUCCCCUGCCCCACCAUUUGAUAUUAUUGGGCUCUCGUGCUUGAUAGGCCUAGGACACGGGACAGCAUUACCGGUAGGUCCCCCUCUUCACAAGAGGUAAAUCUAAACCGUAUCGCGACGCUGGGGUGGCCAGCUUAGGUGAAUAGGUAGCAAUGGAUUGACUAAUUUAUGCACUUCGGUUCCCUAGGUCGUGUACCUGGUAGGCAGUUUAAAUCAUUGAAUGACUUCAGCAGUGGGAAAACCCCAACCAGAUCCAU